AUCCAAUGGGCUUUAUUUGGUAGCCCAAAAUAUAUGUUUUCUUCUAGAUCUCUUUUUUUUUUUUUUUUUCUUUUCUUCAUCGGUGUUUUUCACAGAGAAUCUCCGAUUUAGAAACAAUCCUCCGUUCACGGCUAAUCUCCGUUUGAUCUCGCCGACACUCGAGCUCUUUACAGAUGAAGGAUGGAGACUCCUUACCAUUAAGCACUUCUUCCGUCGCGGCCACGACGGUGAACGCCAAGAAGGAAACCGGUUAUUCCGCUCUCUUCUCCAAAGGCCGAUACAAGUUUUGGGCCUUAGCUGCGAUUCUGUUACUCGCAUUCUGGUCAAUGCUCACUGGCACCGUCAAUCUCCGUUGGUCUGCCGGUAACAUUAACCAUUUCACCGACGAUCUCGUCUUUCCGAUCCACGAGGAUCUCGAUGUUCUUGAAAUGGAGGAGAGGGAGAAAGUGGUGAAGCACAUGUGGGAUGUGUAUAACAAUGGCCGUCGUAUAAGAUUACCGAGGUUUUGGCAAGAGGCCUUCGAGGCUGCUUACGAGGAGCUUACCAGUGAUGUACCUGAUGUUGUUGAGGCUGCCAUUUCCGAGAUCGCUAGGAUGUCUAUUCGCUCCGUUGUUAUAGAUCCGCCUCCGCUUCAUUCUACGAAUGUACGAGAAUUGACAAAGACUCUAAAACUUGCGGACAACGGAAGAUCGACUCAAAUAUCAAAACCAAGCAGCCGUCGAUUGAAAUAGCUAUGGAGCUUUACGAAAGGUAGUGUAGUCGUCAGCCGGCGUGGCGUGACCAUACUUAAUGUCAGAAAGAUCGAUCAAUCAAUCUCAUCCCUAAAAAAUAUGUCCAUCGUUAGUGUUAUUUUUUCUUCCACUAGGGGCAUGAAUCAUUUCACUAUCAUCAUCUCUAUACGCCUACCAAAAAAAAAAAAUCAUCUCUAUAAACAAAAUUUUGAGCAAGUUUCUUGUCCACAGCCUGAAUGGUUAUGUCUUUUAUUUUUGAUUUUAUAAAUAUUUCAUAUUUAGUUAGCCCAUAAAUGAAAAUACCUUCCUAUGAA